AUGACCGCCGAAAAGCCCGAACUCGCCAUCGAGGACCAGCCCAAGGAGCUGGAGCUCACCGAUGGCCCCGCGCCCACCGCCACGUCCGACUCCAAGCCCGUGGAGGGCGACUUCAACCUCAAGGAGGGCGAAAUCGUCGAUCCUGUUGACAAGGUCGGCAGCGAGGACUUCAAGAAGGAGGGCAAGACCGACCAGGACGACAAGGCCGUCGAUGGCAAGUUUGAUCUCAAGGAAAACCAGAUUGUCGACCCGGUAGACCAGGUGGGAAACGAGGACUUCAAAGAAGACGACAAGGCCGUUGAUGGCAAGUUUGACCUCAAGGAGAGUGAAAUCGUGGAGCCUGUCGACAAGGUGGGCAAUGAGGACUUUGACAAGAAACGACCCGCCGCCGAAGAAGCCGCGUCGGCCCCUAAGAAGAAGAAGCUGGCCGGAAAGAAGAGCAAAAAGUACGACAGCGAGCCCGAGGAUGACGAGGACGACGAGGACGAGCUGCCCGAAGAGGAGGAGGAUCUGGAGGACGAAUUGGACGUUUUGGAGGACGACGAUGGCGAGGAGCUGUCUCUCGAUGACAUUCCUCCUCCUUCCUCGCGACGAAACAGAAAGCCAGUGGACUACGUGGCUGCCAACAAGGCGCUGGAGGAGGAGGAGCGAAAGUCCCGGGAGGCCAGUGGUCUGCCCGAGGAUGUUGAGGAAGAGGAGGAUUAUGUCGAGGUCCAGGAGUAG